UUAUCAUUAUAGUAAAAUUUUAAUCAGUAUUUAUUUUUAUUAGAUAGUCAUAAUAAGAGUUUGAGUGGAGGAAGAGGCGAGGAAGUCGAAGGUUCAGAGGGACAACACAGCCGACCAUGGCGGACGUGGGCCAGGAGAAGCUCUCCAAGAAUUGUUCCAGGUAGAGUAUUAGGAAGGAUGACAAAACUUUUGUCAAUUGGGUGGAGAGCAGUAGUGGCCUUGGAGGCUGCUCGAGGGCUGGGGACCAGAGGCCGGCCGUCCUCGUGGCUGGAAGGUGUCCACCUCAGCAGUCCUUUCCUGUCUUACUCUACCAGUAGUGAGCUGAAGAGAAGACUGAAGGCUGAAAAGAAAGCACAGGAAAAGGCUGAGAAAAUUGCUGGUAAUGCAGAUCAACCAAAUGAGACAGCUAAGCCUAAGAAGGUGAAUGAAGAGGAAAUCAGUGCUAAUGAGUACCUGAAGCUGAGGACUCAGUAUGUACAACAGCAGAAAGAUGAAGGCAAGAACGUCUAUCCUCAUAAGUUCCAUGUGUCGUCCUCCCUCACAGAAUUCCUAAGAACUUACGAAAGCUUGGGGCAAGGAGAAGAAGGGAAUGAAGAAGUGAUGCUGGCUGGCAGAAUUCAUGCCAUCCGAGAAAGUAGUCAGAAACUUCGGUUUUAUGACUUGCGUGGAGAAGGUGUAAAAAUACAGGUUAUGGCAAAUCUAAGGUUUUAUGAGAAUGAGACAGACUUCUUCCAAGAUUGUGAUAAAGUUCGCCGGGGAGACAUUAUUGGCGUGAGAGGUAUUGGUAUCCGUACCAAGACAGGAGAGUUGUCCAUCAGACCUACAAAGAUAUUUGUCCUUGCUCCAUGCCUUCAUAUGUUACCACAUCUUCACUUUGGUGUCAAAGCCCAAGAAACAAGAUAUCGACAGAGAUACCUAGAUCUUAUAAUCAAUUCUGAUAUUCGUAAAAAAUUUAUUGUUAGAUCCAACAUUAUCUCUUAUUCUCGUAAAUUCUUUGAUGAUUUGGGUUUCUUGGAGGUGGAAACACCAAUGAUGAAUAUGAUUGCUGGAGGAGCAACUGCAAAGCCUUUUAUAACCCACCAUAAUGAACUUAAUAUGGAUCUCUUCUUGAGGGUCGCUCCAGAGCUCUAUCUGAAGAUGCUUAUUGUUGGAGGAAUCGAUAGAGUAUAUGAAAUUGGAAAGCAGUUCAGAAAUGAAGGUAUUGAUCUUACUCACAAUCCUGAAUUCACAACCCUUGAGUUUUAUAUGGCCUAUGCAGACUAUAAUGACUUAAUUGAAUUGACAGAGAAGUUAAUAUCUGGGAUGGUGUUCAGCAUUUUUAAUUCUUAUAAAAUAAAAUUCCAUCCACAAGGCCCAGAGGGUGAAGAAUGGGAACUAGACUUCAAACCCCCUUAUAAAAGACUACAUAUGUUCCCUGAGCUUGAGAAGGCUCUUGAUACAAAAUUGCCAUCCCCAGAUGAGCUGAACACAGAAGCAGCAUGCAAAAUACUAAGUGACAUCUGUGAAAAACAUGGUAUAGAGUGUCCAGCCCCUCGUACAUCUGCCCGACUCUUGGACAAGCUAGUAGGACAUUUUUUGGAGGAGCAGUGCAUUAGUCCAACAUUUAUCAUGGACCACCCACAAGUCAUGAGUCCGCUUGCCAAAUACCAUCGUUCAAUUAAAGGUCUUACUGAAAGAUUUGAGCUUUUUGUUGCCAAGAAAGAAAUUGUCAAUGCUUAUACUGAAUUAAAUGAUCCAUUAGAUCAGAGGCUGCGUUUUGCACAACAAGCUCAAGAUAAGGCAGCAGGUGAUGAUGAGGCACAAAUGGUAGAUGAGAAUUUCUGUACAGCUUUGGAGUAUGGUCUACCUCCAACUGGAGGCUUUGGUAUGGGUAUUGACCGUAUUGCCAUGUUCUUGACCAAUUCUUAUAACAUUAAAGAAGUUCUCUUCUUCCCUGCCAUGAAACCUGAUAAUCCAAAUAGGAAUUCAGCUGAAGAAGAUACCCAGGUCAAUCAGCUGAAGUCAUAAUAAUAUUAUUGUAAUAGGCAUGGCUACCUGCUACCAAAGUGCUUAAUAUUGGCAACAUGAUGAGUGAAUGAUUUGAGGGGUGCCCAGGAUUUUUUACAUCUUUGCCUAAUGGUUUUUUUUUAUAAAUGAGUGAAUAGGAUAAAAAUGUUUGCAAAUGUUCUAAAACAUUGUCAGUACUUAUAUCUAGGGUGAAUUUCCUGUAGUAACUUUUAAGUUUUAUAAGUCCUAUUUUAACUUAACACAACUUGUACAUGAUACCAAUAAAUUAUUUAUUCUUUUUGGUGAUUUAGUGUAAAAA